GCACGAUCCUGGACACCUGGCUCGCCGUGCUCAAGAUCCCUUCCACAUUCUGAAGGCAGCUCACAGCAUCACAAAGCAGAAAAAAUGGUCCACUUGGCCUCAGCCCUCCUGCUCGCGGGCGCGGCUUUCGCCGUGGCGGCGCCUGCCAACCAAAUCUUUGAGCGGCAAUCAAAUUGCUCGACGGCCGACAGCUACCCGACGGUCAACGAUUCCAAGCUCCCUGACCCCUUCACGACGUCGGCGGGCAAGAAGGUGACGACUAAGGCCGACUUCGAGUGCCGCAGGGCCGAGAUCAGCAAGAUCAUGCAGCAGUACGAGCUGGGCACGUACCCGCCGCCGCCGGACAAAGUCGAGGCGUCGCUGAGCGGCAACAGCAUCACGGUGCAGGUGACGGUGGGCAGCAAGUCCAUCUCGUUCUCGGCGUCCAUCAGGAAGCCGUCCGGCAGCGGCCCGUUCCCGGCCAUCAUCGGCAUCGGCGGCGCGUCCAUCCCCAUCCCGAGCAACGUGGCCAGCAUCACGUUCAAUAACGACGAUUUCGCUGCGCAGGUGGGCAGCAGCUCGCGCGGCCAGGGCAAGUUCUACACCCUCUUCGGCAGCGGCCACUCGGCGGGCGCGCUGACGGCGUGGGCGUGGGGCGUGGACCGCUUGAUCGACGGCCUGGAGCAGGUCGGCGCGUCGUCGGGCAUCGACACGAAGCGGCUCGGCGUGACGGGCUGCUCGCGCAACGGCAAGGGCGCCUUCAUCGUGGGUGCGCUCGUCGACCGCAUCGCGCUCACGAUCCCGCAGGAGUCGGGAUCCGGCGGCGCCGCGUGCUGGCGCAUCAGCGACGCGCAGAAGGCGGCGGGCGCCAACAUCCAGACGGCGUCCGAGAUCGUCGGCGAGAACGUGUGGUUCUCCAAGAACUUCAACGCGUACGUCUCGGCCACCUCGACAAUCCCGGAGGACCACCACCUCCUGGCGGCCUUGAUCGUCCCGCGCGGGCUCUUCGUGAUCGAGAACAACAUCGACUGGCUCGGCCCCGUGUCGACGACGGGCUGCAUGAGGGCCGGCCGCGUCAUCUACAAGAGCUACGGCGUGCCCAACAACAUGGGCUUCUCGCUCGUCGGCAACCACAACCACUGCCAGUUCCCCAGCAGCCAGAGCGCCGACCUCAACGCGUACAUCAACUACUUCCUGCUCAACGGCAGCACCGACCCCGGCGCCGUCGAGAAGAGCAGCAGUUCGGUCGAUCUGAACAGCUGGGCGCCGUGGGCCGCAAGCGCCCCGACGCUGUCGUAAUCCGGAAGCGGCUGGUUAUCCGGUCAGGUGGAGCUGGAGCUUAGCUAGUGAGAGAGGGGGAAGGGAGAGGGGAAUGCCCGACAAGCGGGGUAUCCGGGCUGCGGUCUCCGUUCGUCAAUGGUCGACCUGAGUUGGCACUGAUCGAUGGGCCGAGGGCCCGAGGUUAUCAUGUAAACACUCCGAGGAAAACAUGCUGUAUAUCAACCUGUUCUUCCUUUUGGCGCGGAACCGGCAUCGCAGCAGGCUCUCUCUGCUGCGUGCCAUGUGCACAGGCACCUCAGUAGUUUCAAGUUGCCAGCAAAGCGCACCGCGGGAAUCAAUGGCCUGACAGAGAUCAAUCAAU